CUCCACCCCUUGCUUUGCUGACUCUGAACAGCCCUCUCUCACUCUGCAGUUCCUCUCGCCUCGGCUGCCAAGAACCUCCUCCCUCCGGCAGGAUAACUCUUGGUGCUUUCCGGACCAAGGUCAUUAAGUGCCGGGGACUGCCCGCUGAAGGCGAGUGUGCCUCCGAUUUCACGGCCCGGCACGUAGUUAGCUGCUGGGCAUUUCCUGACGCUGGGACAAAAGGGGGAAGCAGAGUCCAGUUUGAGCCCAGGACGGUGCGGAUCAAGGGGAUGUAACUGCUGGUGGCUGAGUUUGAGACGAGACUUUUGAGUGGACCGGACAUAAUGGGCUUUUGCAUCCAGAGCUCAGAGGGCUGCUAACUUCAGACGUCCGAGUGUUGAUAAGGAGGUGUGCCUGUCGUUACCAUGGGGACACAGCAGCUUGGCCAAAGUUUCGCUGGUUAACUCCCUUUUUGCUCUUUUCAACUCUGCCGCUGUGACAGGGUUGGUUGGGGGGUGCGGGGUGCUGCGAGGGAGACAGCAAGGAGGGGGGUGAGCAAGCAUGGUCAGAUCCCGAGGGGUGGCCGCUGGCUGGGGAACCCCAGGAUCGAGCUGCCCCUUUCGCUUUCUCCCGAGGGAGGCCGGUUGGUGAGCGAGCACGCCCGAGCGGAAGGGAGUGACCCUUUCCCCCCUCCUCGCCCUCCGUCGCGGAUGCUUCCCGGCCGGCAGGAGACUGGGAUGCUGCCUCGGACAGUCCGCCACAUCCUGGAUGGAGUCAGGCUGGAGAUUUCCGGAGAUGCGAGCGUGGUGCUGAGUGGUUACAGAGCCAGGGACCCAGAUCUGAGCUCCCCUCCGUCCCCGCAGGGCCUCAGCGAGGAGACAGUGGACGGGGCUGUUUAUACAGUGACACAGCGGCAGGUGCACCUACAGCAGGCAGCGAACAAAGGGCAGCAAUGGCUAGGGAUGGAAAACGAGUUGGUGGGCACCACGUGCGAGACCGUCAAAAUCCGCUCCAUCAAGUUGGGAACGCUGGAGAGGAUAGUGCAGCACCUGCUCGAGGCCUUAGACUGCGGCGACUCUUCCUACGUCUCUGUCUUCCUGGCCACGUACCGGACCUUCACUACCACCCAGGAGGUUCUGGACCUGCUCCUCGACAGGCUGGACCACUUAAAACGAGAACUAGGAGAGAGCACAGACUGUUGCUCAUUAAAUGAUUGGGAUCAUCUUCGACAUGCGGCCUCGUCUGUAUUCUCCACGUGGCUGGAACAGUAUUCCGAAGAUUUCCAAGGCCUGGAUCGUGAGUCGCUGCAGCGCCUGGUGCUUUAUAUGAGACGGGAAUGUGGGGGCUCGGAGCUGGAGCGGCGAGCUGAGGAUCUCCUGUUACAGAAACAGAAUCUGUCGAUCAGCGACGGGAAAGUACCGACAGAUGUUCGAGACCAGGAGGGCCGCGAGCCGGCACAGACUGAGGAGACCGGGAGCAAGCCGCAGCAGAAGGAGGAAACAGUCGAUAUUCUGACUUUCACUGCAGACGUGACGGCAUCGCAGCUGACAAUGAUCGAUGCGGCGCUCUUCGUGAAGGUGGUGCCGUACCACUGCCUGGGCUCUAUCUGGUCGCAGCGUGACAAGAAAGGUAAGGAGAACCUGGCCCCUACCGUCUGGGCCACUGUCCGACAGUUCAACAAACUCGCCAACUGCGUGAUCAGCUCCUGCCUCAGCAACACCAAACUCCGGCCACAGCAGCGGGCACGCAUCCUGGAGAAGUGGAUCCGUGUGGCAGAGGAAUGCCGGGCUUUGAAGAACUUCUCCUCACUCUAUGCCAUUAUUUCUGCUCUCCAGUCGAACCCGGUGCACAGACUGAAGAAAACAUGGGAGGAGAUUCCCAGGGAAAUCUUUCGGAGUUACAAUGAACUGUCAGAAAUCUUUUCAGAGGAGAACAAUUAUUCCCAGAGCCGGGAGCUGCUGAUCAGGGAAGGAACGUCAAAGUUCGCCACGUUGGACAAGAAACACCCGAAAAAGCCAAAGGACCAGAAAGUUCCCAACGUGGUUCAGGGCACAGUGCCGUACCUUGGGACCUUCCUGACUGACCUGGUUAUGUUGGACACUGCAGUGAAGGACUAUGCAGAGAAUGGACUGAUUAACUUCGAGAAGCGGAGAAAGGAAUUUGAAAUCAUCGCCCAGAUUAAGUUGCUCCAGAAAGCCUGCAAGAAUUACAGCUUUGAGAAGGAUCCGGAAUUCCUGAACUGGUUCUACAGCUUGGAGACACUCAGUGAAGCCGAAAGCUACAAGCUGUCGUGUGAUGUCGAGCCGCCAGCCGAAGCGAGUGGCACUCCCACAAAGACCCGCCCUACAUUGAUCAUCACGCACUGCAACGAGGGGAUGUCUUGUCAUUUCAGCCCUCCAUCUGGCCAGAACAGCCCAACGGUGCCGAGCGGCGGGUUGGUACCAUGGGAUAUACCCGGCUCACCCACGCCGGACCAGGAUGGUCCCGGAGAAUUCCCUGGACCCAAGGAGCACUCGUUCAGACCCAUCAACGCGUUGCUGUGCAAGGUUGCCCGGCACACCAAGUUCCCCUCAGUCUCCUCUCUGGACUCAGCUGGCAUUGACCCAAGCCCGAACUGCCCCCCGUCGCCCUCCAUGUUGUCUCCCACUGCCACCUUCGUCAAAGGGCACAGGCGGUCUGCGUCCUGUGGCGCAUCGUACAUGCCGUCGUCCUCUCCCAUCGGCUCUCCUCAGUCUGACUGCCGGAUCAUCCGCGUGCGUCUAGACGUCUCCAAUGGGAACCUGUACAAGAGCAUUUUGGUGUCCAGCCAGGACAAGACCCCCGCUGUGGUAGGGAAAGCUCUGGAGAAACACAACCAGGACACCAAUGCAGCCGCCUCUUAUGAACUGGUGCAGCUCAUCUCCGAAGACAAAGAGUUCACCAUCCCCCACAACGCCAACGUCUUCUACGCCAUGAGCUCCACCAGCAUCGACUUCAUUCUGCGGAGGAGGGGCCACUCCUCCCCCAAGCUGAGAGCAGAGCACGGAUCCCCCUUCCCGAAGAUCAGGUCCAAGGGGAUGAAGAUCGCCAGGUCCUUGUUUUAAAGGCCCACCCUUUCCCCCCUCCGAUGGUGGAAUGGGGGAUGGUGGGGGGGCUCCUGCAGACCUGUGACCCGCAGGGAAGGUGGGCCAACUGGGGGAACGUGAGCCGGCAGCUCGUUCAGACAAAAGCCAACGGCAGCGCGCGGGCGGAUGGCCCCAGGUCGUGGAGGGAUCUCUUCAAACUGGGCGGCGUCACAGAGUACUACAUUGAGGCCGCUUUCUUUCCUCGGCGAAGGGUGGGGGGGGAUGCUUCAAAAACAAAAAGCUUCCGGCCAGGGUUGGGGGUGGGGGAGGGCCCGUUUUUACCCUUCAGCGGGGGAACAUUCGCCAUGAGCGGCCAGAAAAAAAAACCAUACACACCAUCAGGUCCUCAGUUCGGGGCCAAGUGAACGGAGCAGGGAGCAAUAACCCAAAAAGGGUCCAUGCCCAGGCCCAACCCCACCCCCCCACACUGUAACCAGAGAGGGGGGGGCGAAUUCAGUCUGUGGUGCACAAGAUGGAGGCUUCAAUACACAGGGGCUCAUCUUCUUCUAUAGACGCCAGUGGAAUCAAAGAGAUGCCCACCUGCGGGAUGCCAACUUGUUGCUUCACCAUGGCUUCGGCCCCGGGCAUCCGAGCUGGCCACUCCCCCCCACCCUUGGUGGGGGGGGAGGGGUGCGCGCACAGCGAUAAUAGUCAUGACCGUGUAAGCGUCCCGCCCUCCCCACCCGGUGAGCUUCAGGAACAGCCAGGCCCACCAGCACGAGGUAGCUGGACCCGAACCGCUCAGGACGGCAGCGUUGGUCGGGUCACUUCGGGUCGACCGCCCUUAGCCGGGUCGAAGUGACGCCGCUGCCUCCUUGUUCGUUUGCCCCACCCACCCAGACCACCAAUCACCCCACACCCCCCCCCAGACAAACCCACACACACCCCACACAGAUCCCCACCCACACACGCCCCCACACACACACCCACCCCCACCCCCCAGACACACCCACACACCCACCCAUACCCCCCACACAAACCCCCACCCACACACACCCCCACCCACUCACACCCCCAAUCACCCCACACUGCCCCAGACACACCCUCACCCACACACACCCCACCCACACACACACCACCACACACACCAUCCAAACACACAACCCCACCCACACACCCCCCACCGCACCCAUACACCCCCACCACCCCACACCUCCACACACACCCGACAAACACACCCACACCCCACACCCCCUCCAUCCCCCAAAUCCACUCCCCCAAACAAACCGAAACAAUAAAUCCCUCCUCCCACGACCUGUCUCCCGAAUCAGCGGCCCAGCCCUUAUCAGGUGACGGUGUUAAAGGUGUACCGCCCCCCCCCACAGCCUGGCACCAACGCAGUGACAAACCCAGGAGUGGGCAUUUACAACUCCAGGGCUGGUGAGCUGUUGUUGGCAACAGUGGGGGGAGGUGUUGGGGGGCUGCGCCGUUGUACAGUCUCCUACCCCGUCCCCUCGAUCUGCCUCAGCGGUCUGACCGGAUGGAUGCUGCAGAACCCCAGGGUGCUCUGUUCUCCCCCCACCCACACCACGAGCCGGCCAAUGGGCGAGCCCCGGGAGCUUUUCCGUGCUUGUCGUGGCCGAAACAAGAAGCUCCAGUGUGUCGCGGCUAAAACCGGGCCCGUGUGCCGGGACUGGCAGAGCCAGCAGCUGCCCUGCACGUGCCUCCCCAUGCCCACCUUGUGGGCCUUCACCAGCUCGGCCAACGCUGGCGCCUUCCGGUUUGUCUCUUCGGCCGGCUCCGACCCCGGUGGCAGAAGGGACGAGAGGAUCGGACGGUGGGGGGAGAGGGUCCUUCGUCCCCCCCACCCACCAAAGUCAACACUACACUCGACGUGAGGCCUUCUGCCUCUUCUCAUGACACUAAGAAGAACCAUAUCGAGGUUAGCAAGCUGUGAUGCCAUCUCCCACCAACGUUGGCAGCGACUGAUUGAAGCCUCUUCCUCUAUUUGGAUCGUGUUGGCUACCAACUUCACCUCCCCCUCUCCCUCCCUUCCCAAAUGGCAGGAAUUCUCUCCCCGCACCCUCAGCCCCACCUCACCGGCUCAGGCGAUGCCUUGGGCCGGGGCGUGGGGCAAGUGGGCAGUGUUUGCAACCAGCGUCGCCCGUUGCCUGCGAGAGAGAAACGUGUGUUUUGUGGCUCUCUCUCUCGCCGAGAAGCCAGAAGCAAUUGAAGGACGUAGCAGUUCCCAUCCAUCCAUCCAGCCGGUUCUCCCUGGAGACAGCUGGCAAAGCUGGGGCUGGAUGCUUCCCUCGUGAAAGCCGCAGGACCCUGCCACUGACUGCACCGCGGGGACCCCAUCCUCCGCCUCGCAGUUUCCAACAUCCAGAACGAACAGACUACCCGCUGACGUUUCCGCGGGAUUGGGGGAAGGGUGGUGGUUGGGAGGAGGAGCUGCAGCGACAGCCCAUCCUUGCCAAAGGGGGGGGGCUGCCCAGAUUUGGCACGCCCUUGCGUUGGCACCGGGCGGGAGUGGGAAUGGGGUCACUCCACCCGGCCCAGUGGGAUUCUUGUUCAGGGAUAAAUCGAAAACCCUCGUCCUUCCCCGCAAAUUCGUCGCCUGAACGGCGUUUUUCCCAUCUACUUUGUGCGUUCCUUUCGACGGGGACAUGUAUUUAUGGUCAUUUAUUUAAAAAAAAACAAUUUCUCAAUGA